GGAGCCUCACUAUCCACUAUGCAAUGGCCACCAGAACGUCCAGCACUUAUCUGUGCUGUAGAAAGUGGUAGUUGGGAUCUCGUUGUUGCUGUGCUUGGAUUACCCAAUUGUGAUAUCGAAUGCAGAGAUGCACUAGGCAGAACACCAAUUAUAACUGCUGCACGUUGUGCACAUGUGGGAUUAAUUGAUAUGUUGGUGAACAAAGGGGCUAAUCUCAAUCAGAAGGAUGAGCACGGAUGGACUGCACUUAUGCACGCAGUACAUAAGAAUCAUCUUCCAUCAGUUCAGUUGCUGUUGGAUAGAAACGCAGAUAUUUCCGGAAAAGACAAAACAGGCAAAGGCCUAGCCCAUAUUGCCUGCGCUGUAGCAUCCCGAUCAAUAAUUGAUCGACUACUUGAAGCAGGCAUGUUGUUUGAAGAACCUGACAGUGAUGGUCUUUACCCUGUGCAAAUAGCCAUUCAACAGCGAAAUAAACCCGCUUUAGAAGCUCUAUUAGGAAGAGGUGCUCGUCUACGGUCCUCAACAUGGCAGACAGCGAUUGAUACAUACCCUGAAGCACUUUUUGUACUACUGUCUAAACUGCUCGACGAUGCUGGUAUUCUUUUCAGAAAGAAGAGAUUUGAAGACGCUAUGCACCGACUACACUAUGCACUUAAUAAAUGCGAGAUGUGUUCACAUAAUGAAAAAUUGCAAGGUAAGGCUAGUUUUGAGAAAACAAACAAAUCGGAGUUUUUACUAUAG